CCUCCUUCUCUUCCUCCGCUUCGCCUCCUUUCCGGCUGUCGUUUCGAACCUCCCUCUCUCCUUUCCACCCGCCCCAACCCAACCUGACACUGCUAUUAGACUGGCAAUUACAUCAAGACGGUCCCGAACCCACCGUGCUUCAGCCUACCAACUUUUCUAUCCUGCCGUCUCUCCUACGGCGUCUUCGGAUCAUCGCAGGUUUUGCUGCCGGUUUUGCGCCCUACCUAAUCAUCCCAUUUCCCCGACCCGUCCUCCUGCAGGUUGACGUGCAGCUGAUCGGGCAGCUGCUCGAUGCUUACUCCGCUCCCGCUGCCCCGAUUGAUCAGCGCCAUCAACUCCAUCUCCGUCGCGGAAAUAGAGCCAGAGCUAGAGAGGUCUGUGACCACCUGGUGCAUCACUCACUGCGUCGAGUGGGCCGUGUCACAUCCCACACGUUACAAGGUCGAUCCCAUCCAUCCAAGCCUCGAGCCAUGUCGGCGCCACGGACGAAGCGCCAAUUUGCCGGCGCCGCAAGCGACCCUGCCCAGCGGCAAAUCACCUCUUUCUUCAGCAACAACUCCUCCUCUUCCUCCCCGUCUUCCUUUCAUCUCAACAACGCUUCUCUCCGAACGCAAUCCGAUUCCACUACUGUUUUGCCUCCGGUCCUGUCCGCAUCCGUGCAAGCGAAUCUCUUGUCCGUGGGCAUGCGCGUGCGCAAGUCCGUCCCCGAAGGUUACAAGACGGGCAGCUACAGCGCCUUCGCGCUCUGGGACGAGGGCCACGGCCGGAAUAACAACCAAAACGCCCCUGGCAGCGGCAACCCGAUAACGUCGGCGUCGGCUGCGGGAAUGGGCGAAGGUCGGUCCCGCGCCAACGCCGUCUCGGCGCCGCGGCGGGAGCUCCUCCCCUUCUGCGGAAUCCACAAGGUGGGCGGUCUGGGCACGCAGCCCGAACACGACGGGGGCAACGGCUACCCGUACCAGCCGAUCCUCAGCAUCAACGACCUCCCACUCGACGACAACCACAUGCAGGACGACGACGACGUCCCCGGCCUGACGAGCAGCCAGGAGUCGGUGGCUAGCACGGGCUCGGACCUCCCCCGCGACGGCGGCGCCAGGAGCACCCGCAAGCGGGGUUUCGCCGAGGACGAGGACGGCGACGCGGCGGCCCCGCAGCGCUACCGGCCCAGCCUCAACCUAGCGGCGGCUCCGCGCUUCGUCGACUUCGACGGCGAGGUCAGCCCGCGCAGCCUGACGCCCGCGGGCUGGGCGGGCAACGGCAACAGCGACAACAGCAACAACAGCAACAACAACAACAACGCUAGCACCGGCCCCCGCGCCAUCGCAGUGCCGAGGGCCAAGCUGAGGCGGACGGGCGGCAAGCCGUCCCGCUUCGACCAGGAGAACGUGAUGAUGGUCGUCGACGCCGACGGCGACUUCGACGAGGCCGACUUCCUCGACCGCGCCGCCGAGCUCGAGUACCGCGACGGCGGCGCCUGGGAGGUCGAGAUGAGCGAUGUCUGAGCGCGGGCGUGGCGGAGCGCGGAACAACGAACGUGGGAGCGAUAGGGGCGGCAAGUCGGCGGCGCCCGCGGGAACUUGCUUUUCGUGACGAGGGACAGCAUGAUUGGCGUCGGGGAGUUGGGCUGUAUUUUGUUAUCGUUGCGUAUCAUGCGAAGCGUCGCCGCAUUUGUUUCUUAUACCACAACAAGCGGCGGCUGUUUGGGCUGGGAUCGCUUUUGGAUUGCACAUUUCACGUACGGAUGCCGAAUGGGAGGCAGGUAUAUUUAUAUUAGUAUCAUGAGUCUCCUGUGUAAGGCAGUGUGAAUAGGGGAUUACGAGAUUAACAUCAUUUCCUCCCUAGUUGUUGAUAACUGGGGAAUGGAGGCUUCAAGUACGACGAGCGUUC